UACUUGGCGCGAGCCCCCCAACUCCUCCGCCCCGCUUAUUACUUGGCCCGAGCCCCCAACCCCUCCGCCCUCCGCUCCCACUCGAAGAGGCCGGCGAAGAGAGAAAGAAUAGGGAAGCGAUGGGGAAGGCGGCGAAGGGAUCGAGGAAGGGGAAGAAGGCAUGGAGGGCCAACAUCAGCACCGACGACAUCGACGACUACUUCGAGAAGUCCAACAAGGACGCACUCAGCGGCCGCACCGCCGCCAUCGCCUCUCUUCCCAGCGAUUCCCUCUUCUACCUUGACAAAAGAUCCACCACCGAAAUUCCUGCCAAAAGAAAGAUUGAUAAGCAUAAGGAUAAAAUUCUCCAUUAUGAGAGCUUGCUGCAGAAAAAUCCUUUUGUGCAACCUGUUCCAUCUUCUACCUUGAAAAAGUUGAAGAGGAAAAAGAAAAAAGUUGACACAGAAAAAACUCAGACUCAAAAUGCUUCCAAGGCAGAGGAUACAUUUUCUACUCUAACCGACAUAUGGUAUAAUGAAGGAGAAGCAGAUGCCAAGACCAAAAAGAAGCACAAGGCCUGUCUCAUUCCUGCUGUUGAAGUGGAGCCACCUGGGUGUUCAUUCAAUCCUCCUUUGGAGGCUCAUCAAGAUUCAUUGGCUCAAGCUGUUGCUGAUGAGAUGCAAAAAAUCUACAAAAGAGAGUUGGGACCUCAACCAGUGCCCAUUACAGUUCCUGGUGAAGUAGUAGCAGAAGAUGAUAAAUAUUUUCUAGAGGCAGAUGAUGGAAAUGAAAGUGAGAUAGAAGAGGAAACAGACAGCGUCACCAAUGAGUUACCUGGACAGAGAAAGUCAAAAACAAAGAGAGUAACUCGUGUGGAGCUAAAUCGUAGAGCCAGGCGUAAGGAACAGCUAAAAGCAGAAGAAGCAGCAAAAAAAAUGGAGAUUCUUUCGAAAGAAAUUGAUAGUUUACCAGAUAUAAUAAAUGAAAUAACCAAGGAGGAUGAAGAAAAGAACAGUAGACACAUGAGACGCAUCAUAGCUAGGCAGGAAAGAUUGAAAUCUGCUCCACCACGACUUGGGAAGUACAAAUUUGAACCUGCUCCUCUUCAAGUUCUUCUGACAGAGGAGAUUUCUGGAUCUCUUAGGAAGUUGAAGGGGUGUUGUACACUUGCGAGGGAUCGCUUCAAAAGCUUGGAGAAACGGGGCUUGCUUGUUCCUCAGGCUAAAUGUAUCAGAAGGAAAUAAAGCGACAUCAAGAGUGGUCAUGCGUGGACGAGGGAGCAAACUCCUUUUUGAAGCGUGAAUUUUGGUAUUUAGUUUUAUUCUUAUAUGUUAAUGUUUGGUUAGUUGGCUGAUGUGUAUCCUUAUGCAUCAUUUUUGUGAGCUGAUGGUGAAGUUUAUUCCGGUUGCUACUUUAUAAUCUAACUCGUCAUGUCUACAAAGGAGAUUAGUAAUAACUUUUGUGAAUUUUUUUUA